AUGACGUCAUGCCUGAAGGUGCACGGCUGCUCAUCCCGCUGCACCACGCCCUCCGACCGGCCCGACCCUCAGAUGGUCUCAGUCCGGGUCGGCUGCCUCCACGUCAACCCGGCCACCAAACGAGGCCGGCGAACACUACUAGUCCACAUGCUGAUCCUGUGUUUCGUGCCGCACGCCGCCCUGGUGGCACAGAACUGCACCAUCAUGGCGCAACUGUCCCACACUUUGGACUCCUCGCUGUUUUUACACUCAAAAGCUAGUAUGACUCUGUCUCUAGAGAACACAGUCGAGGCCAUCCAGGAAGAAAGAGUCACUGUGGCGAAAUAUCUGUUCCUAAAGUCACGGGACUCGAUGGAGAAAGAGGAUGUGGUGGAUUUGUCAGCAGUCCAAGCGGCUUUUCUGGAGACAGACCAGUUUCUGGAAAAGCUGACGCUACCUCUACUCCGGGAUGAACACAAACUGUCACUUUAUCACUUUAGAGAAGACGUCACAACCUUUCUUGACCUCAAGAAAGCUGACAGUUUGAAGCGCAUGUCUGUUUACGGGGAGUUUAACAGGACCAUCCUACUGUACAUUAUCCGAUACGUCAGGUUUACCACUUCAGCGCUGUGGCGACACUUGACAACGUCCUACGAACUCCUGAAGUCCAUGGAGGAGGUGUCUCUUGCCCUGGUGGCGGCCAUCUUCCUCAGCAACGAAGCCUUCGACGAGGACCUGAACACCCACCUCCAGAAGCACCACCAGCUGGCCUUGGAACGGCUACAGGCUGCCGUUCAGUAUUUGGAGGCAGAUGAGCUGUUUGAUGAAGCGAAGACCCUCAUGGAAAUCAUAGUUUUCUACGAGGAAUCAGCGCGGGCGAUGAGUAACCCCAAGCUCACUCGCUCGCAGAGAGGGAUCGACCUGAACGUGUACACGCACCAGUCCAACGCUUGCUUGAACAAGCUGCGGCACGUCAAGCAUGCUUACUGGGACAUCAUCAGGGAUUCAGUGAGGGUAGAAAUGUGGCACGCUCGCCGAACGCUGGCGAUCGGCGUGACGAUCCUCGUGACUGUUCUCCUGGCAUCUCCUGUGCUGGUGCUGAUGCUGCGGCACACUGUCCACACGAUACAGACAUUCACGCAAUCAAUAGAGAUCAGCUCGCAGAAGCUAAUGGCAGAGAAGCAGAAGAGCGACCUGCUUCUGUCCCGAAUGCUGCCGCUGCCUGUGCUUAGGAGACUGCGCGCGCAGCGGACGGUACCAGCGGAGUCCUUCGAUGCUGUCACCAUCUUCUUCAGCGAUAUCGUGGGGUUCACCACCAUAUCUGCUAACAGCACGCCCAUGGAGGUCAUUAAUAUGCUCAACAUGUUAUAUAGAUUGUUCGAUGAGAAAAUAAUGGAAUACAACGUGUACAAGGUGGAAACCAUCGGAGAUGCCUACAUGGUGGUGUCAGGACUGCCCCAGAGAAAUGAUAACCGUCACGCCUCAGAGAUAGCUGACAUGUCUCUAUCCCUGAUGCGGAGUCUGGAGGGGGCCAACGUGCCCCACAGGCCAGAGGAGCCCCUCAGGAUCCGGGCGGGGGUCAACACGGGCCCCUGCGUCGCGGGGGUCGUGGGCACCACCAUGCCGAGGUACUGCCUGUUUGGAGACACCAUCAACACCGCUAGUCGGAUGGAGAGCACUGGAGAACCAAUGAAAAUCCACAUAUCCCAGUCGACUAAAAAGGCCCUGGACGAAAUUGGCAACUACGAGGGCAAAGGCACCAUGGAAACGUUCUGGUUGGUCAACAAAAUAGGCGGCAUCCAAUCUCAGACGCUGUGCAGCCGGCGGCUUAACGACUAUGACGCGAACCUCCUGGAGUUACUUAUAAGGCCAUGA